UAUUGCAGAGGAACACUGUAAUUAGAAUGUGAAAUGGGCCUGUAAUUGUUUUUUUGGCAGUUUAGCCAAGAAACCUAUAAUCGAGCAGACCGUGUUUUGGAGACACUUCCUCUCUUGCUUGCUGCUGCGGCAUUACGCACCGCACAACCUGCCCUUACUGACGCUCUCGGUCUCGUAUGGGUUACAGGGGUUUUGAGAGACCAUAUCAUCCUGUGCAGACCUGGGCGGUGCAACACCUCUGUCAGCUCUCUGCCGUUAUGCACGCCAGAGACAGGAUUUUUAUGUAUCACACAAAUUACCACGGACACAUUCUUGGCUGUGCACCAAACGCAAACGCUUUAAUUUGCAUCUCUGAGAUCUAAAGUCUGUGAGCGGUGUUUUAUUCCAGAAGGACAUUUUAAACUGCACAGAUUUUAACUUGAAGGAAUUUUAUUUCGCUGGAAUGUUGAAACAUGCCCUUUUUGAGAGCUAAGAAGUGAUUUUUAUUUAUUUAUUUUUAUUGCGCAAAGGAGAAAACCAAACCAAGUGGAGCAUGGAGAACAGCACUUUAUUAAAACUGAACAACGGGACUCAUGCUACGAUAUGGACUGAUUAUAGUAUCGAAUACAAGGUCGCUAGUAUCUUAUUAGUGAUUCUUAUUUGUGGAGUUGGAAUUAUUGGCAAUGUUAUGGUCAUUCUUGUGGUCUUAACGACCAAGCACAUGCGUACCCCAACCAACUGCUAUUUGGUGAGUCUGGCAGUUGCCGACCUCAUGGUCCUGACUGCAGCCGGGCUGCCCAACAUCACCGAGAGUCUGUUCGGUGGCCACUGGGUGUACGGAUAUGUUGGGUGCCUCUCCAUCACUUAUUUUCAGUACCUGGGCAUCAACGCGUCCUCCUGCUCCAUUACAGCCUUCACCAUCGAACGCUACAUCGCCAUUUGCCACCCAAUAAAAGCGCAGUUUAUGUGCACCCUCUCCCGAGCCAAAAAGAUCAUUGUUCUCGUUUGGGUUUUAACGUCCCUCUAUUGCGUUAUGUGGUUUUAUCUUUCCGACACGAAAGAGGACGUUUAUGAGAACGCUGUCCUCGUGACAUGCGCCUACAAAGUAUCUCGAAACCUGUAUUUGCCAAUAUAUUUCACAGAUUAUGCCGUGUUUUACGUUAUUCCGCUUUUGCUGGCCACUGUUUUAUACGGAAUGAUCGCAAGGAUUCUUUUUCUCAACCCACUCCCGUCUGAUCCCAAGGAAAGUCGAAGAAACUGGAAAAAGGAGUCGUCCGUGCAUGGGAACUCCAGGAGUUCAUCCAGCAACACAACUGCUGCUUCUCGGAGACAGGUGACAAAGAUGCUGGCAGUGGUGGUGAUCCUCUUCGCUGUGCUGUGGAUGCCCUAUCGGACGCUGGUGGUGGUCAACUCCUUCCUCAAGAAGGCCUAUCUGGACACCUGGUUCCUUCUGUUCUGCCGUCUCUGCAUCUACUUGAACAGCGCCAUCAACCCUAUCAUCUACAAUGCCAUGUCUCAGAAGUUCCGCGCUGCCUUCCACAAGCUCUGCCAUUGUGGUCCCCAGCGCUCCGAGAAGCCCCCCACGUAUAGCGUGGCCCUCACAUACAGCGUCAUCAAGGAGACCUCCAAUGGAGAAAGCCCAGACCACUAUACCACAGAGCUAGACGACAUACGUGGAGCCGCCGAAGAGCUUCUGCCUGAGAGAAAGAGGCUCUCAUUUAAAGAGUCCUCACUAGCUUGUAAAGACACAUUGGCUAAUGCUUAGAUCCUUGGUUGGUGUGUUUGACUAAGGUGCUUAAUUAGCAUUUUCACAGUGUCUCAGUGGCCUAUUGGAUUGGCUGCCACAUGGAAACAGCAUUUUGACAAUCAUUGACUCAUUCGAAACAAAGCAGAUUUAUUCAUAACUUAUCCAUAACCUAAACUUAUAUAUUAGUUCAAAACCAAAAUAGGUCUUAUCCAGUCUGUGCAGGUGACGUAAUGCUCCUGAGGCAAUCAUUGGUGAGGACUGACAGACAAUUGGAUGGAUGAUUGAACAUUAUUCAGAGACAGUAUUGAUUUGGAGAUGAUUGAGUGUGUGAGCUAGACUGCACGGUUAAUUGAAAUAAAGUCUGCAAUUGUGAUUUGGCUGCGAUUUGAUUCAGUUAAUACAAGAGUUGCAUGUUUCAAGAGCCAUGCCUACAAAAGAAGCAAAAUUGAUUGCAAAAGUACCACUUGUCACAUUUUGCCAGUUUCCGGGUAUCUCCAUUGAAAAGUAAGACACUUGCGAGUAGUAUGUCCCGAAUGGCCUGUGUCAAGUGUGGCACUGUGUUGUUAAACGUGAGCAGCUUGUGGCAGUGUUUUCAGUAUCUCAAAGUGGCUUGGUUUGCAGUAAAACUUCUCUACACAAACGCGUUUUUGCAUAUGCUUAGUUUGGGUGGCUGCAUGCAUUCGAGAACAAACCAUGCACCAAGCAUUUUCCCAAACUGUAACAAGAAGCACUUAUAAGCUGGCUAUUAAAGAGUAAACAGAAAACAGAAUGCUCCAUUUGGCUCCUUCGCACUGCCAAAAUAAAAUCACAAUUACAUUUUCCUCUAAAAUCGUGCAGGCCUAGUGUGAGCUGAGGGGUGAAUUCUUUGGCACUACAAGUCAGAAGAUUUGUAUCUGUGGACUCAAAAGAGAUGGCCAGUGGUCUCUGUGGCCACAGCUACAUGUAUCAUGGCCAAUAAUCACUCUGGAAAACCUGUUCCAGGAACAGCUGUCACAUUGUCAGUCACUGCGAUCAGAAAAAAAUGGAUGGUUGAUUACUUCUCUCAUUUGUUUCAAUUGUAAGCUCAAUAUUACAUUGUAGAGAAAUAUCCUGCCCAGAGAUACUUUCUUUUGCAAAGGGGUAUAAAAUGACACCAUUAUAAGACUUAAAAUACCAUAGUACAUCUAGAGCCGAGACCUUAAUUUAAUGGGUGUUACAUAUUCAAGCCCUUAAUUUUAGCAUUUCAGUCACAAUUCACCCCCACUUUCCAAAUGUAUCAGUCUAAAACUAGAGUAAACAACUGUCUGUUGUUUUUGUCAUUCUGUUGUUUUUGUCAUUAUAUAUAUAUGACAAAAAUACAGACAGUUUUUUACUCUAGUUUGUAUAUUGUGUUCAUCAUCAGCUGAAGCUGUUUUCUCACAGAUCUUUCUGAUGCUCACGCUGGCACUGAGAUUUCCUAGCAGAGCUCAAUUUUGCAUAUGAUAAACUGCAAAAUUAAGAAGGCGAUGAAGAUAAUCUGUGAUUUUGGAUGUCUGUACCUUUCGCAUCAUCGUGAUGUAAUGGAUAGGAAGGUAAUUUAAGAAUUAUUUUCUGCUGUAAAUAUGUUUUGAUAUCUCUCUCCCUGAAAAAGCAACAUGUUUCAACUCUAUCUGUUGUUUUCAGUACUUGAAAUAUACAUGGACAUAGAUUGUGAUGUGAGAUUUUAAACCUAACACAACUUGAACUGCACACUUAUGUUUUUUUCAGUGAACACUUUAGUGAAUGAAAUGUACAGCUAUUGUGAUGUAAACAAAAACAGUGUGCGGUGGUAAUAUUUGCUCAUUAUUAGUGUUUAAAUAGCCUUUCUUGAUGUUUUAAAACAUGUUUUGUAUUUGUAUUUUGUACAGUUGUUGUUUCAAAUAAACUGAUAGUAAAUGUU